GCUUACUUGAAGAAAAACAUUAGAUGGUAACUUGCUUAAGGAUCCUCUGCAAAAACUCCAUAACCAUUUGAGUAAAGCUAUCACAAAGAGGAAAUAAAGGAGAAUCAAGUCAGAUAAGUCCAACUUUACUUACAAUGGAAAUCAAAGAAAAAUUUCAGGAACAUCUGUGGGACCUUAAUGCUUAUGAUGGGAAGGUGUAUGAACCAAAAGAAGACACUCUAUUUUUCUUGGAGACAUUAGAAUCAGACCUACCUAUGAUCAAAAGUCUGAAUCCAGCAACUAUUUUGGAAAUUGGUAGUGGAUCUGGAUUAGUUAUUUCAUCCCUAUCAGAAGUUUUUAGAAAAUCGUUUUGUUUGGCAAUAGACAUUAAUCCCUCUGCUUGUUUGGCAACUGUAAACACAUCUAAAUUAAAUAAAACCUCUGUAAAUGCUGUUCAAGGGGACCUUAUAAAUGGCAUGGUGUUGAAGAAUCUCAUAGAUGUUUUGAUUAUUAAUCUAAUAUAUCUUCCAUCAAAAUCUCAAAUAUUGGAUGAUUCAACUGCUAAAGCUUGGAGUGGUGGAAUGGAUGGGAAAGCAAUUAUUGAAAGAUUGUUGCCACAAUUAAAUGAUUUGAUGUCAGAAAAAUCUGUUGGAUAUUUAUUGGCUAUAUCAAACACUAGCCCCCGUCAAAUUGAAAAGAUGCUCGAAGGCAUGGGUUUUACAGCAGGGAAUAUCCAAAUUAAAACUUUAACUAGUCUAAAUUACGCUUUAAUACGAUUUACAAAGGGAAUUUAAU